CUGAAAUUUUGUCAAAUCAGUCUUAUUUUCUGAGCUACCAUUUUCCAUCCACAUUUCUGCUGCUUCUGGUGCUAGAGAAGACAGAGGAAUCUGAAGCAGGCCUGUCCCCCUCUGUGUUUCAGGAGGGACACAUUGGCUGCUUCCAGGACGCGCUCCUAGACUAAGCUCAGACAGAUGUCCUAGUCCUCAACCCUUGAAAGCACCUUUGAAAAUCAAGUUCUAACUCCUGCUUGUUCAGUAUUCCAGAGUGGCUCUAGGAGGAGGAGGGAGAGUAAGUGGGGAGAAAGAACUGAAAUAGCUCCUUCCAGAAGAAAAGGGAAGCAAGCUUGGCUGCAGACCCCAGUCUUACAAAGCAGCAGCCCUGCCUGGGAGCAGGGUGGUGGCCAGGGCAAUGGUGGGAGCCCCGAAGACGCCCCAUGGCUGCUGAGGGGGCUGCCCGGUCAGGGAGCGGAGUGGCGGGCAUGGUGUGCAGUCUCUGGGUCCUGGUGCUGGGGUCCUCAGUUCUGGCACUGGAAGAGGUACUGCUGGACACCACUGGAGAGACAUCGGAGAUUGGCUGGCUCACCUACCCACCAGGUGGGUGGGAUGAAGUGAGCGUUCUGGACGACCAGCGACGCCUGACUCGGACCUUCGAGGCAUGCCACGUGGCAGGGGCCCCGCCAGGCACCGGGCAGGACAACUGGCUGCAGACACACUUUGUGGAGCGACGAGGCGCGCAGAGGGCACACAUCCGACUGCACUUCUCCGUGCGGGCAUGCGCCAGCCUGGGCGUGGCCGGCGGCACCUGCCGGGAGACCUUCACCCUUUACUACCGCCAGGCCGAGGAGCCCGAUGGCCCCGACAGCAUUUCCGCCUGGCACCUCAAACGCUGGACCAAGGUGGACACCAUUGCAGCGGACGAGAGCUUCCCCGCCUCCUCGGCGUGGGCGGUGGACCCGCGCGGGGCCGGGCAGCAGCGCGCCGGGCUGCAGCUCAAUGUCAAAGAGAGGAGCUUUGGCCCCCUCACCCAGCGUGGCUUCUACGUGGCCUUCCAGGACACGGGGGCCUGCCUGGCCCUCGUGGCGGUCAAGCUCUUCUCCUACACCUGCCCGUCCGUCCUCCGCGCCUUCGCCUCCUUCCCUGAGACGCAGGCCAGUGGGGCCGGGGGCGCCUCCCUGGUGGCAGCCGUGGGCACCUGUGUGGCUCACGCAGAGCCAGAGGAGGAUGGAGGCGGGGGCCAGGCAGGGGGUAGCCCCCCCAGGCUGCACUGCAAUGGGGAGGGCAAGUGGAUGGUAGCGGUUGGCGGCUGCCGCUGCCAGCCAGGGCACCAGCCAGCCCGCGGAGACAAGGCCUGCCAAGCCUGCCCUGAGGGGUCCUACAAGGCCUUGGUUGGGAACACGCCCUGCUUACCAUGCCCUCCCCGCAGCCAUGCCCCUGAUCCUGCAGCCCCUGUUUGCCCCUGCCGUAAGGGCUUCUACAGGGCCAGUUCAGACCCCCCAGAGGCCCCCUGCACCGGCCCUCCAUCGGCUCCCCGGGAGCUUUGGUUCGAGGUGCAAGGCUCAGUGCUCAUGCUGCACUGGCGCCUGCCUCAGGAGCUGGGGGGACGAGGGGACCUGCUCUUCAAUGUCGUGUGCAAGGAAUGUGGAGGCCACCAGGAGCCGGGCACGGGCACCGGGGGCACUUGUCACCGCUGCAGGGAUGAGGUGCACUUCGACCCCCGCCAGAGGGGCCUGACCGAGAGCCGAGUGUUAGUUGGGGGGCUCCGGGCACAUGUGCCCUACAUCUUGGAGGUGCAGGCUGUGAAUGGGGUGUCAGAGCUCAGCCCCGACCCUCCCCAGGCUGCCGCCAUCAAUGUCAGCACCAGCCACGCAGUUCCCUCUGCAGUCCCUGCGUUGCACCAGGUGAGCCGGGCAUCCAACAGCAUCACGGUGUCCUGGCCACAGCCAGACCAGACCAACGGGAACAUCCUGGACUAUCAGCUCCGCUACUACGACCAGGCAGAAGAUGAAUCCCACUCCUUCACCCUGACCAGCGAGACCAACACGGCCACCGUGACACAGCUGAGCCCUGGCCACAUCUAUGGCUUCCAAGUGCGGGCGCGGACUGCCGCAGGCCACGGCCCCUAUGGCGGCAAGGUCUAUUUCCAGACGCUGCCUCAAGGUGAGCUGUCUACCCAGCUCCCAGAGAGACUCUCCUUGGUGAUCGGGUCCAUCCUGGGGGCCUUGGCCUUCCUCCUGCUGGCGGCCAUUACCGUGCUGGCUGUUGUCUUCCGGAGGAAGCGGCGUGGGACAGGCUACACAGAGCAGCUGCAGCAGUCCAGCAGUCCAGGGCUUGGGGUGAAGUAUUACAUCGACCCUUCCACAUACGAGGACCCCUGCCAGGCCAUCCGAGAAUUUACCAGGGAGGUGGAUCCUGCAUAUAUCAAGAUCGAGGAGGUCAUCGGGGCAGGCUCCUUUGGAGAAGUACGCAGGGGCCGCCUGCAGCCCCGGGGACGGCGGGAGCAGGCCGUGGCCAUCCAGGCCCUGUGGGCUGGAGGUGCUGAGAGCCUACAGAUGAACUUUCUGGGCCAGGCUGCAGUGCUGGGCCAGUUCCAGCACCCCAACAUCCUGCGGCUGGAGGGCGUGGUCACCAAGAGCCGGCCCCUCAUGGUGCUGACGGAGCUCAUGGAGCUGGGCCCCCUGGACAGCUUCCUCAGGCAGCGGGAGGGCCAGUUCAGCAGCCUGCAGCUGGUGGCCAUGCAGCGGGGAGUAGCGGCUGCCAUGCAGUACCUGUCCAGCUUCGCCUUCGUGCACCGCGCGCUCUCCGCCCACAGUGUGCUGGUGAAUAGCCACCUGGUGUGCAAAGUGGCUCGUCUUGGCCACAGUCCUCAGGGCCCAAGUUGCAUGCUUCGGUGGGCAGCCCCAGAGGUCAUUGCCCACGGAAAACACACCACCUCCAGUGACGUGUGGAGCUUUGGGAUAGUGAUGUGGGAAGUGAUGAGUUAUGGAGAGCGGCCCUAUUGGGACAUGAGUGACCAGGAGGUGCUAAAUGCAAUAGAGCAGGAGUUCCGGCUUCCCCCACCUCCAGGCUGUCCUCCUGGACUACAUCUGCUUAUGCUAGACACUUGGCAGAAGGACCGUACCCAGCGGCCUCAUUUUGACCAGCUGGUGGCUGCGUUUGACAAGAUGAUCCGAAAGCCAGACACUCUGCAGGCUGACGGGGGCCCUGGGGACAGACCCUCCCAGGCCCUUCUGAACCCUGUGGCUCUGGACUUUCCUUCUCUGGACUCACCCCAGGCCUGGCUUUCGGCCAUCGGACUGGAGUGCUACCAAGACAACUUCUCCAAGUUUGGUCUCUGCACCUUCAGUGAUGUGGUUCAGCUCAGCCUGGAAGACCUGCCCGCCCUGGGCAUCAUGCUGGCUGGCCACCAGAAGAAGCUGUUGCACCAUAUCCAGCUCCUGCAGCAGCACCUGAGGGAGCUGGGCUCAGUGGAGGUCUGAGGCCUGGGCGGGCAGCUGUGAGUGGACGAUGCCUAUGUCCCAGCCCCAGACACAGGUCCAAGGAGUGACCGUGCAACACUAGAGCCCGUCUCCAUCAUGGCCUCGGCAAGAGGAACCCGCCACACUACACCCAACCCUCUGGACACUUCACUCCCUAGUCCUCCGCCCUCCUCCGCCCUCCCCCCCCCCCCCCCCCA